GUCCGGACCAAUACAAACUCCAAUUUUCUGAAAUUUUCUUUGUGUUUUGCAAAUUUUGGUUAAAGUCUUGGCGUCUAAAAACAAUAACUCAAUUCGUUUGAGGGAUACAUCGUAUUGCUCUACUUGCGUAUAAAGCAGGAGAGACGAAUCAGUAAAUAUUUCACAAACUCGGAAUCGAGCGUCGUACACCAAAUCAUCAACAUGGAUGGGCAGUCAAGUGGACCCCCAUCAUUCAGAGGAAGACCGCCCAGAGGCAUGUCACUGAGAGGUCGAGGCGCACCCAGGGGUAGAGGAGGUCCACCUGGACCAAGAUUUGAAAGUCGAUACGAAAAUGGAACGAGCCGUGGCAUACCCAGUGAACGUCGAGGAAUGAGUCGUGGUCGUGGUCCCAUGAGGGGAGGCAGAGGGCGUGGAAUGGGUUACAAAGAUGAGCGACCACCACGGAUGGAUGACAGAAUGCUGUCACCGCGUGAAGAGAGGGGGCCACCGAUGAGAGAAAGACGCGAAGAACGCCCGCCAAUUAUGCGCGAACGUCUACCAAUGAGGGACGAGAGGCCCCCAAUGAGAGAGGAACGCCCUCCACUCAGAGAGGAACGACCGAUGCGUAGUGAGCGUCCUCCGAUGCGCGAAAGUCGUCCGAUUCGCGAGGAUCGGGGCGGAUAUCGUGAAGAGCGAGUUUCGUCCUUCAGGGAUGAACGGCCACCUUUGAGAGGUAGUUCUAGUAAAGUAUUUCUGCCCGACAGUUUCAGUGUCGCUGCUGCUUCUCUUUCGCAAGAUACGCCAUCCUUCCACACACGGUCACAUGACUACAUUGACCGAGGCAGAGAUUCGUACCCUAGCCGAGAUCCUCCACGUGACUCUUAUCCUUCCAGAGAUAUGAGAGAUGGUGGCGAGUAUGCUUCACGCGGUUACAGUAGUGGUGGACGCGACGACUACGGCGAGAGGUCACGUGACCAUUAUAGCAGCAGCCGAGGUGACUUGCGAUCAGACUUGGCCCCACCUAGUCGGUCCUCGCGUGAAUUUGCCGGCCUGAGUAGCAGCAGGGACUUGGGUGCAUCGUCAGACUUCGGCCGCUCGUCGGAGAUGAGCCGUCGUGGAUCUCGUGGCGAGUACAGCUCUAGUGGCCGGGAUUAUGCGCAGCCGGAGAGGGGAUUCUCCAGUGGUGGUUCAAGGGGCUACCCUCCGUCUUCGGAUGAAUAUUCUUCAGGUCCUCGCAGCCGGGAGUUCGACGCACCUAGCAGGGACUACGGUGGUGCGCCCAGGCCUAGCAGGGAGUUCGAAACAACUCGCGGUCCCAAUGGGGAUUAUGACACAUUUGGCAGAAGCCGAUAUGCAGAUGAUGUUUACAGCGGCAGCAAGAGCAUGGGGGACGACUUUGAUCCAGUUCAGCCAGGCUGAAAAGUGAGUCAACCUGUUGCGAUGCACAACUGAAAUGUGACGCCACGAGCUAUGGAGACCUGCUAAAGAGGGCUGAAAAGUCGAAAACUUGAGUGUGCCACGGUUGUGGAGAUGGUAUUAGCGCUGAAAGUUUUACAUGUAGGUGGAACAACUUCACGACUACCGAUUUGGAAGGUCACUGAAUAACCUGCAGUUUCCCUGGUAUAAAAUGUUGAAGUCAUGACAUAAGCUUUUUAAGCAUUAAGUUUCCCUGGUAUAAAAUGUUGAAGUCAUGACAUAAGCUUUUUAAGCAUUAAGUUUCCCUGGUAUAAAAUGUUGAAGUCAUGACAUAAGCUUUUUAAGCAUUAAGUUUCCCUGGUAUAAAAUGUUGAAGUCAUGACAUAAGCUUUUUAAGCAUUAAGUUUCCCUGGUAUAAAAUGUUGAAGUCAUGACAUAAGCUUUUUAAGCAUUAAGUUUCCCUGGUAUAAAAUGUUGAAGUCAUGACAUUAACCUUUUUAGUGUAAAGAUAGAUUUUUGAAAUGUCAGCAGUUUUUGUGGAUGGGACGAACCAUUUUCCAAGUAGUAAAUGUCACUCAAUGCGUGAGUACUUGUUUAAUUUGACACCAGAAAUGGACAGAUUUUGACCACGCUCGCUGUUAAACUUUUUAAAUUGGACAAAAAAAGGGAAUUUGGCCUGGACUUUAUACAUACAGUGUACUUUUUCACUAUUGUAACAUGUCACUUUGGGUAUGAAGUCGGCCAACAAGAACUCAUAUUAAGAUUUAUCAAAACAAAUUUAACUUUUUUUCCUUUCUUUUUCAUUUUAGAUGAACCACUGUGGCUGGAAAAACUAUCUAUGCCAACUUGGAUGGAGUUGUUGGUGCAAACUACUUAUCCCAGGCCAAUAGCAAUGUGUGCUAUGGAGGCCAGAUUCCUCCCUAUUACUGUUACUGCAAGUAGUCCUUCCAACUACUAUGAGUAUGGAUGCCAGGGCCAGGGUUGCCCUGUGUGUCUGCUGAUGCUAGCGAGAGAUACAUAAUUUGGUUGACAAUGACUGAUAUACCAGAACAAAGUACAUGUAAUUCAUCAUUCCUAGUUGGAUUUAAAGAAUUUCGUAGAGGUCAAACUACCUGUCUCAUUUCGCUGUGGAACCUCCAAGAGACCAAGUUGGCCUCGAAACUAGUCUGAAUUAAAUAUUUACACCAUGUGAAACUAACUU